CAUAACUAAAUUUUUGUAUACUAAUCCUCAAAAAAGAUAAUUAAAUCAUCCUUCUUUAUUCGUUGUAAGAACUCUAAACAAUAAACUCGUGAAGUUCGAGGCGAAAAAGGAAUCCAACGAAUUGGAAUUCCCAAUUCAAUUCAAAUUCAAAAAAGCUUCACAUUCUUCAUUCUCCAAUGUCAUGGCUUGCUCGCUCCAUCGCCAAUUCUCUCCGCAUCGACGAACAUGGCGACCACCUAGAAUCAUCUUCCAUGGCGUUGGGAAAUCAGGUCAAUGAUAGGGGAAAUAGUGAAAAUGGUGAAAUUGAAGAAAUUGAUGGAGAUCUACGAGGUGUUAAGGAUGAUCUUAAUGAAUUUAAGGAUUCAUUAACUCGUCAACUUUGGGGCGUCGCUAAUUUUCUCGCUCCUCCUCCUCCCACAGCUUCUUUUUCUUCGGAUUUACAAGAUCAACGAGUUAUUACUGAGUUGAAUCAGUUGGAAUUGAACGAUCCUUCGAUUUCUGGGGAUGAAGAUGAUGAUUUGUCGGUUUAUGCUCGAGUUUCGAUGGCGGAUGGUGAUCGUUCUGAAAUUGGGGUUGGGAAUUUGAAGGAUUAUGAUUCUUCUAAUUUGCGUCACUUGGGAUUGAAUAGUGUGGAAGAGGACGAUGAUGGCGAUGGCGAUGAUGAUGACAUGAUAAGUGAAGCAGCGGGAUUGACGGAUGAGGUGUUGACUUUUGCUGGGAAUAUAGCACAUCAUCCAGAAACUUGGUUGGAUUUUCCUGUUGAAGAUGAGGACGAUAUGGAAGAUUUUCCCAUGUCUGAGUCUCAGAAAAGGCACACUCAAGCUGUUGAACAUCUCAUACCGAGGCUAGCAGCACUUAGAAUUGAACUUUGUCCUACUCAUAUGAGCGUCGGAUUUUUCUGGAAAGUUUACUUUGUUCUUCUGCAUUCAAGACUCAAUAAACAAGAUGCUGAGCUUUUGUCAACACCUGAGGUUGUAGAAGCCAGACUCAAGUGGAUGCAGGAGCAACAAAAACGGGCCAAGAAAGAAUCAGAUUGGUUUCAUGGCGGCCACUAUGCUCGAGCAAGUGAUGAAGAUUGUACACCUAGAUCUUUCCAAAAUGAGUAUUCAGAGACCUUUUCAUCCUGGACAUUUGCUUCUGAGCCUGCCACUUCUUCUACAACAUUUGAUUCCGAUGCGGAGAAACAAGCUGUUUGCACCGAGUCGCAAUCCAUGGAUAGACAUACCACUGAUGAGAAACCAUUGGCAGAAACAGACAGUAAGAAUGUACAUCCUGCCUCACUAUUUAAGAGACCCGUUUUGAGUUUUGUUGUUGACGACGAUGAAGAUAGUGAUGACUGGCCUGAAGAUGAUUGCCUACAGAGCGGAAGGUUUUUUCCAGUGGGAAUUGCAGACGAGGUAUCCUUUAGCGAUCUUGAAGAUGAUGAUUGCUGUAUAUCUACCAUAUCAAAGUCUCAGCAGGUGUAAUUCUUGUGUUCAUUCAUUCUUUGGUUAUUUUGAGGAGAUUUACAUAUCUUAUAUGCAACAUAUCUAGCUGCCUGCUAGAUUUAAUUGAUUGCUUGAAAUAUCUAUACACGGGAUUUUAUGGCCGAGGUUGAAGCCCAAUGGUGAUUUUACGGCCUUCCCUUGCUUGAAAAUUUGCCAAAAUGUAGAUGAAGAUCUCUUUCACUGUUAACCAGAUGGGCAAAUGUGGCCUUUGUUACCUGGUGUUCUUGAGUGUGCAGAUUUGUAUGAGUCUUUUGUAUAAGAUUUGUUGAAGCAUUUUCUCGCUGUUGGCUGUCGCAAUAUGUACAUUACGUUCAAAAGUUAGCCAUGAAGCUGUCUGUAAUUGUGUAUUAUGCUUCCAUAUUUUUGGAUAUAUAUAUGUAUUUCGGAAAAUAGAAAUGAACUUGUAAAUUUUUUAUUGCAGCACUUUUCUGGGUUUUUUUUUUGCAGAACCU